AUCCCGGAUCCUUGAAAGACCGCUCUCUUCCCUUUCGAUCUGCCCCUGUGAGCUCGGCGCGCGGACAUUCAAGAGAUUCUGGACAUUUUGGGGGGUUUUACUGAACGCUGCGACUCCCCGACUGACCCCUUUUUUCCCGAGGACUCGACGCGGUUCCCUUCGCGGUGAGAUGUGAGAGGAGACAGCAGGAGCUCCAGGAGAAGACGAGGACUUCAGUAGUAGAGGAGGCAGAGUCUGGCAACAACUCACCCUCAGCUUGUAAACAGAGAGGAGUCUCACAGUUCCCGUCUCCCCUUCUCAUCCAAAGCGGACAACUUCGCCCUUUCUCCACAACAAAUGACUUUACACUGACUCCAAUUUACGCAUAAAACUGUCUCUUUCAUAACACUUGCUAUUUUUCGUGUUAAGUAGGUGGACAUAUUUGGAAAAUGUUGAUCUUACCGUCUUAAAAAGUCCAUUCUGUGAAGAAAACAACGGAUUUUCGAAAGUGACAUUAGAGGAGAGAAAGGCGUCUCGGGAGCGAGAGGAAGACGCGUCUGCAUCGCCCGUUGCUGUUUUUAAAUACCUGCUACAAGCCCCACAAAGAAGGCUAAAAAAGUGCUAUUAGCGGCCAAGAAAGUGUUUGGCAAUAGCUCAGUGAUCCAUGCUCUCGCAGCAGCAGCAGCUGAGGCGCAGCCCGAGUCCAUCCCCUCCUUCUGAUGUGCGUUAUUACAAGCAGGAAUACCCAAUCAAACACCUAUCGCAUCGAUUCUCUCAGCGGAUUCCCAACGCGCGCGGACAAAAUAAGCAAACGAGGCAGCGCGCGGGCGACAAGUCCGUCCAUCUCCUCCUUCAAGCUUUUUGUCUUUCCCCCGGUUUGUUUAUUAUAAACGAGAUGGACGUUUGAAAGACGGUGGGCACUUGGAGUCUUUGGGAUUUUCACAGAAAGCUAUCGGCGACAGCAGCGCUCGUUUUUUUUGUAUUUUUGGGGGGGCUUUUCAAAUUGUAUGCGAUUACUCAGACGGAUUCCUCAUGGAUAACACGUUUAUUCGGGCGAUCGCCUUGCCUGUUGCAGCUUCCAGCGCGGAGUGAGUGAGGAUCGCACUGAGGCACGAGCGGUUUUUCUCCCCACUGUAGCGGCUCGACUCUCCGUCAUAUCCAAAAGACGCGCGGGGGGAAAGAGAGAGAGGAAAGAGGGGGAAAAUCCCGCUUCGUCUUCAUCCUCUUCAGAUCUUGCCGUCUGAUUUUUUGGUUUGAAAACUGCCGAUACAUGUCAGGCGUGUGAAAGCGCCCCAGGUGCCGUGUAUCAGAGCAGAAGCGGAGCAGCUCUCGGGAUCUCAGGGGCUCCUGAAAAAAAAAAAACCCUGAAAGAGAAACAUGCCGCGGAGGAAACAGCAAGCGCCCCGGCGCUCGGCAGCAUAUGUGCCAGAGGAGCUAAAGGAGGCUGCCUUGCUAGAUGAGGAUGUUGAGGGAGAGGAUUCUGCUGUGGAGGAGGAACCUGCCAUGAAAUAUGUGUGCCAGGACAAGGACUUACUCCUUAAAGACAGACCAGGCUUCCAUGACUCUCCACCUGCUGAUUUCUCCAGCCAUGAGAUGGACAGCGAGUCCCACCUGAGUGAAUCCAGUGACCGCAUGUCAGACUUUGAGAGUGCCUCAGUGAAGAAUGAAGAAGACAGCUCAGCCAAGGAGCCCCUCACCUCUCUUUCUUCGACUUCGUCAAUGAUGAUGACGACAACAGCCACACCAAGCAGCGAGGAGGCGACACCAUUAGGCCCAGACAGCCUGGAACAGAUGAAAGCUAUCUACACUAGCUUCCUGACCAACUCAUACUGGUCAUCGCUGAACUUGAAUUUAACUCAGCAACCACCAGAAAAGCCCCCACGUAGCCACAGUAGUAGCAGCAGCAGUAGUAGCAGCAGCAGUAGCUGUGGUAGUGGUGGAUAUGACUGGCACCAGACAGCAGUGGCUAAGACCUUGCAGAAUGUUUCACAAAACCAGAGUAGACUGCUGCACCCAGCAUCCGAACCUAACCUUUUCAGUACUGUGCAGCUUUAUCGGCAGAGCACCAAACUCUAUGGCUCCAUCUUCACUGGUGCAAGCAAAUUCCGCUGCAAAGAUUGCAGUGCUGCCUAUGACACGCUAGUUGAGCUCACUGUGCACAUGAAUGAAACGGGCCACUACAGAGAUGACAACCAUGAGACAGACAGUGAAGGUACCAAGCGCUGGUCAAAGCCUCGCAAGCGUUCCCUCCUUGAGAUGGAAGGAAAGGAGGAUGCCCAGAAAGUUCUCAAGUGCAUGUACUGUGGACAUUCCUUUGAGUCACUACAGGAUCUCAGUGUUCACAUGAUCAAAACGAAACACUACCAGAAAGUGCCUCUUAAGGAACCUGUAACUCCUGUGGCAGCCAAGAUUAUCUCCUCAGCUCGUAAAAGAGCACCUAUUGAGCUAGAACUCCCCAGCUCACCAGAUUCAAAUGGUGGCACCCCCAAGCCUUCUUUAUCUGACCCCAAUGACCUUCUGCAAAAGACCCCCAAUCCUUACAUCACACCCAAUAAUCGGUAUGGACACCAGAACGGUGCUAGUUAUGCAUGGCAGUUUGAGUCACGAAAAUCCCAGAUACUGAAGUGCAUGGAGUGUGGAAGCUCACAUGACACAUUACAGGAAUUGACGGCCCAUAUGAUGGUCACAGGACACUUCAUCAAAGUCACUAACUCUGCCAUCAAGAAAGGCAAACCUAUCAUGGAAUCAAUUUCCACAACAGCGCCUAACACUAUACCUACUAAUGAAGACAAGGUACAGUCAGUGCCACUUGCUGCAACUGCUUUUUCCCCACCACCUCCUGCACCUCCUCCCCCUAGUAUCUCCCCUGCCAUCAUGCCCAUGGAGAUUAAAAAAGAGGAGAAGGAAGUGGAGUGUACAAGAGAGACAAAUAAUAACAAAGACAAGAAAGCAGCCGAAAGUGAAACUGAUGAGAAGUUUGAAGUUUCAUCCAAGUAUCCAUAUUUGACAGAGGAAGAUCUUGAAGAAAGCCCUAAGGGGGGGUUUGACAUUUUGAAGUCUCUUGAGAAUACAGUAACAUCUGCCAUAAACAAAGCACAGAAUGGCACACCCAGCUGGGGAGGCUAUCCCAGUAUCCACGCUGCCUACCAGCUUCCAAACAUUAUGAAACUGUCCCUGCGCAACUCUGGGAAAAGUUCUCCUCUGAAGUAUAUGUUUUCUGGAGAAGAGAUCCUGUCUCCUACCAAAAGCCAACCUCUAAUUUCACCACCUAGUUGCCAAACAUCCCCUCUGCCCAAAAACAACUUCCAUGCAAUGGAGGAGCUAGUCAAAAAAGUCACAGAAAAAGUGGCCAAAGUAGAGGAGAAGAUGAGGGAUCCUGGAGCAAGGUCUUCCCCGCUGAGACGGACCACGCCCUCUCCUUGCAGUAGUGAUGCAGGGGAAUCUGCCAGAGGGGAGUCCCCUAAGGAAAGAAGAGGAGCCAAAACCCCUGAAACUAAUGGGGGCGGAAUCACUCACAAAGAAUCAAAUGGUGAUGCUCUUACAAAAGAGUCUCUGGAAAAUGGUACUGACCAUGUUGUCAAAACCCCUGUGUCUACCUUGUGUAGCAGCACUGCUAUUAUAACUGACCAUCCCCCAGAGCAGCCAUUUGUCAACCCUUUAAGUGCGCUUCAGUCUGUCAUGAAUGUUCACCUUGGCAAAGCUGCCAAGCCUGCCCUGCCAUCCCUUGACCCCAUGAGCAUGCUCUUUAAGAUGAGCAACAGCCUGGCAGAGAAGGCAGCCGUGGCUGCCUCCACUCCAUCUCAGACCAAAAAAACAAAUGACCAUCUAGACCGCUACUUCUACCACAUCAACAAUGAUCAGCCUAUUGAUCUGACCAAAGGCAAGAGUGAUAAGAGCAACUCUUUGGGAUCUGCUGCCCUGUCCUCCUCCACCUCCACACCCACUUCAAUUUCGCCAUCAUCAACCAUCACCAUGGCCAAAGCCUCAUCCGCUGUGGCUUCCUUCAUGUCCAACUCACCUUUGCGCGAAAAUGCCCUGUCUGACAUCUCCGAUAUGCUACGGAACCUCACAGAGAACCAUGCAUCUAAGUCCUCCACACCAACAAGUCUUUCAGAGCGAUCAGACAUAGAUGGAUCUACACCUGAGGAAUCAGAAGAGAUCUCUCCUGCUCAGAAACGUAAAGGCCGACAGUCCAAUUGGAAUCCUCAGCAUCUGCUCAUCCUGCAGGCACAGUUUGCCUCCAGUUUACGGCAAACAGGUGACGGCAAGUACAUUAUGUCAGACCUCAGUCCACAGGAACGCAUGCAUAUUUCGCGUUUUACUGGACUCUCAAUGACGACCAUUAGCCACUGGCUAGCAAAUGUCAAAUACCAGCUGAGGCGGACAGGUGGCACAAAAUUCUUGAAAAACUUAGACUCUGGCCAUCCUGUCUUCUUCUGCAGUGACUGUGCAUCACAGAUUCGUUCCCCCUCUACCUACGUCAGCCAUCUUGAGUCACAUUUGGGCUUUCGGCUCAGGGACCUGGCUAAGUUGUCUGGAGAACAUCUUGUUAGCCAGAUCUCUCGCCACACCAAGGGACUAUCUGAGAAACUGCUUUCAGCCCAAGCGCAUUCUUUGGCUCAUACGCUCGCGAACCCCAGUCCUCACUCACUUUCCCCCUCCCCUUCCCCAGAUGAGGAGGCAAAUGGCACCUCAUAUCAGUGUAAACUCUGUAACCGGACUUUUGCCAGCAAACACGCUGUCAAGCUCCAUCUGAGUAAGACCCAUGGUAAAUCCCCGGAGGACCAUCUUAUGUAUGUUAGUGAACUUGAGAAACCUUAGCAAUGGCCAAGGACAAAAACUCUCUUAUCUCUUUAUCUCCUGUCCUUUUUUUCAAGCCUUCUGACUAACAUUUCAUAAGGAAAAAAAAGAACUGAAAGUAAUUAACAAAGAACUAACUGCACAUAGAUGCCAGAAAACUACUGUUUAGUUUUGGCACAUCAUUUGGAGUUCUUUCUCUGGGGAAAACUCAUUUGGCCCUAGAGACAUUCAUUUUCUGCAUUUUCAGUUCACAAUGGAAAACAGAGAAAAUGAUGGCAAAUGAUAAUUUUCUAACUGUGCAGUGAAGAGGUCACUGGUAAAAUAUGAAGGUAAAUAAAAAAGACAUAAAUGAAGUUGUAUGUAUUUGAAAGUUGUGUAAAUUGAAUUUUUUUGGCAUCCUUGAGAUGCAGUAAGCUGCAUGCAUUAAUGAAUGGUUUAGUUCAAUAUUUGAAAACUAAAUCUGGGCUUUUCUUUAUCUCUCUUUUCUCUUUUUUUUUUAAUUUCCAUUUUUAUUGACCUAAAAAAAUUUAACCCUCUGAGUACGCCUAAAUACUUUUAUAUUUACAACCCCCAAACGUAAAUACAUAAAGAAAUAAAUACAAAAGAUUGGAAAUAACACAUUUGAUAUGUAUUUGAGUGGGCAUAUUCAAAGUUUUUUUUUUCAUUAAUUUAUUUUUUAUACCCACCAAACACUACAUCGUCUGAUACAUCACUUCCUAUUCAGCUUACGGUGCAGAAGUAUAUGUGAAUCCAAAAUAGUAUGUUAUUAUUUUUUUAUUUUCUUUUUUUUUUAAGUUUGCUCAAAUCAGGGGCCUUUUAUGAAUUCAGGUCAAUGUAAAAAUGUGUACAUAAAAACAUAAACUAAUUUCUGUCUAAAUUAUGCAUCAUUUUAUAUUUUAUAAUUUAAGAUGGGUAUGACUAUCUACUGGUGCACAAUAUAUGAAGACAUUAAUGAAAGUGUUUUGCACAAUAGUUUUAUAAAUAUGUUAUUUAAUCAGAAGAUAUGAAAAUGCUAAGAAAAAAAGAUCACCCUAAAGUUUUAUUUCCACCUCGUGCUCAAAGGGUUAAACUUGUACAAGACGUGUUCCAUCAUUUGACUUAAAUGGUUGUAUAAAAAGAUGAAACUUUAUAAUGUAAGGAGGAAUUCCACGAUGUAACCUUUUUAUUUAUAAACACUCUUGGUUGUUGUUUCAUAUUGUAGAAUGCCUUUUUGAUUGGUAUCUUUUAUUUUGUUGUUCUGUCUAAUUAUUCCUCCAUAAAGCCACACUGCAGCUUUAUCAUUUUAGGGGAUAUGAAAGGUAACCAUGGUUACCUUACCUCCAAUUGACAGUUCUGCUACGUUUUGGCAGUUAAUUUACUGAAGUAACUGACAGCUGCCAGUGAAUGGAAAUCUUAUGUGUAAAAUAUUGGCAUGUUAACAGCACAGGCACUGUUAUGCAUUCUGUGCCGUGUUACCUUUUUUUUCUGUUGUUGUUGACAAUGAAGCACUCAUUAUAUGACUUCAUAUAACCUUUUUUCUACUGCAGCAUUAAAUUGAAAUUGUUUUGGUUUUUUGCAAUAA